AUGGCGGCGCUGGCGCCUGGGGACUCCGGGGGCUCUGGGGAAGCCGCCUCGGCCGCCCUAGACGAGCUAUCCCGGAACUUCACGUACUGGGCGCCUGGCAUCGGCAACGGCUCCCUGUCAGGCGAGUGGUACCGCAGGAACCAGAUUCACCUUUUUGGAGUUGUGUUGGCCAUUUUAGGAAACUUGGUAAUCAGCAUUUCUCUAAAUAUUCAGAAAUAUUCUCAUCUUCAGUUGGCACACCAAGAGCACCCUAGGCCAUUCUUCAGGAGCGUGUUGUGGUGGGGUGGAGUCGUACUCAUGGUCGUGGGAGAGACUGGGAACUUUGCAGCCUAUGGAUUUGCCCCCAUUACUCUCAUUGCUCCAUUAGGUUGUAUGUCUGUUACAGGUAGUGCCAUUAUUUCUGUUAUUUUCCUGAAAGAAAAUUUGAGAGGCUCAGACUUACUAGGUAUGACAUUGGCAUUGGCAGGAACGUAUUUAUUGGUGAACUUUGCUCCAAAUAUAACUCAAGCUAUCUCAGCAAGAACCAUACAGUAUUACUUUGUUGGCUGGCAGUUCCUGAUCUACAUGAUUUUAGAAAUAUUAACUUUCUGCACUCUCCUAUAUUUCCAUAAAAGAAAAGGAAUGAAGCAUAUUGUGAUUCUGCUAACCCUGGUGGCACUUCUAGCUUCAUUGACUGUUAUUUCAGUAAAAGCAGUCUCAGGCAUGAUCACUUUUUCUGUGACGGAUAAAACGCAACUAACUUAUCCCAUCUUCUAUAUUAUGUUCAUCAUCAUGAUAGCAUCUUGUGUUUUCCAAGUCAAGUUCCUGAAUCAAGCCACGAAACUCUACAAUACGACAACGGUGAUGCCCGUUAACCAUAUUUUCUUUACAACCAGUGCCAUUAUGGCAGGUAUCAUAUUUUAUCAGGAAUUCCUUGGUGCAGCUUUUCUCACUGUAUUUAUAUAUCUUUUUGGGUGUUUUCUGUCAUUCCUUGGAGUGUUUUUGGUCACAAGAAAUCGAGAAAAGGAACAUCUGCAACAGUCUUACAUUGAUUUUGGAAAUAUUCCUGGGAAACAAAUGUUGGAUAAAAUACAACCAGAUUCAAAUGGCUUAUCCUAUGGAACUUUGCCUGAUGGAAGUGACUCAACAAAGAGCCAAAGUGGAGAGAAGAAAGAGGUCUAAAAUGCCGAGAGGGACGGCUGUUGGCCUGUUAUUCGAUACCACCUUUUUAAAAAAUUGCACAUGUUCAAUUUGUGUCAGCAGCUAUUUUAUGCUGACAUGUGCUAGCAUUAGUCUCAGUCCUUUACCCCACCUCAAUUUCUGUGGACAAUCAGAGCCUUCCCAAGCUUUGACAGCCUAAUGUUUUCAUGGAAUGUAAUUUGAAGUGCUUCCCACACCCUGGCCCUCUCCCUAGCGAUCAUCCGACCGGCUAGAUCUUAAUUAGAGCCUGGCUGCCUAGGCAGGAGUGUCACAUAAAUAUGUACGCACGUGACUUGGCCACAGCGUGCAUAGGUUGAUUUUUCCAUGUGGUGUGUAGUGUGUGUCUCUUGACUAAGGUAAACACUUUAGUCCUACAACCUCAGCCCUGAAAGAAUGGUCUGAGAACAUUCUUUUUUCCUAGGAUAUCUUUUAUGAGCCUCCCCAUCAAGAACAAGAUCUUACCUUUCUAUUUCUAAAUGAGAAUGGUGAAUCAUCUUUUCUGAAAUCUAGCCCUGUUUUACUCUUAAUCAUCCUUUGAAAAUUAAGGGUUGCUUUAAAAUUAGCAUUUAUAAGUAGCUUCCUGUGAUUGUGUAUACCACAGCUAAAAGACUUUGGCUGGUGGCGUUUUUAAACUUAAAAAAGGAAAAAUUUCAAAAUUAGGAC